AACACGUCUAAUACCAGUUGACAUGUUCAAUCAUCUGGUUAACAGGAAUUAAUCUGAAGUUGUUAUUUUUAGAAAAUUGAUGGCAAGUUAUCGAGAUCAAUUGCCAAGUGAGGUUUUGGCAUAUUUUGACGCUAUUGAUGAAAAGGUUAAGGCCUUUCAAGAAGCUACGUCAAAAAUUGCAGAUGAGCCAGUAAACCAACAGUGCGGUAUAUUCGUGGAAACUUUCACUGAUGUCAUACCUCGUUACCUGUUGCUGGCUCAAGCUUAUUCUGCUCCAGCUCCAAAUGAGGUGAUGGUGGUGUUCAAAGUGCUGGCGUCCAAAAUUCAGGAAAUAGGGGCCAUAGCGGACAAAAACAAGGGAGAGGAUAGCUACCAGAUGCUGAUGGCCAUACAAAGUGCAUCAGACGCUCUCAACUGGGUCACUGUGUCUCCCAAACCAGCCAACUCAAUUGGAGAUGCUUAUGACGGGUGCUUAUAUUAUGCCAACAGAGUCAGCAAAGAUAGAGGAGAUGAUGGCAAGGCGUGGGUGAAGGCAUUGUCUCAGCUGCUGAAUGCAAUGAAGGCUUACGUCAUAGACUAUCACAAGUCAGGACUCAUGUGGAAGGGAUCUAGUAAAUGUCCUGCCACUUUGCGGGAGGCAGAUAUCAGCACACUGGUCGCACAACUCAGCCUAUCAGGAGGAGCAUCAAGUGCUGCCAGCGGAGCCUCUGUGUCCUGUGAUUCUGGCGACGACUCUCCCUAUCUACAAGAGCUCUCAGCCAGUCUUGAUGACUUGAUGGAGAAGUCGAAGGCACUGGGGGAUUUGUUGGAGCAGCAGAUGACUAAGUUCGACUCCAUCGCUAGAGUAGUCAUUCCUAAGUACCUUUCCAUGGCAGAACAACACCAGGCGCCUCCUCAGAGUGACUACCCGAAGGUGUUCUCGGAGAUGAUAGAAGUGACAGGGCAGAUAGUGAGCAUGAGUGACUCCACCAAACCCACCCAUCCUCAGUCUCUACUUCUUAACACUGUCAAGUCAGCUGCGGAACACUUCAACUGGGUUGUCGCUCCUGGAAGACCUCAGGAUUUUGUGAAGGAAUGUAUGGACUCAACUACUUUCUACGGAAACAAGGCUAUUAAAGCCGGAGGGGAUGAAGAGAAGGCCUGGUUCAAGAGUCUAGCUCAGUACAUGCGCAUUCUGCAGCAGACGCUCAAAGACUUCUACCCCAGUGGUCUCGUCUGGAAGGGAAAGACUCCUAUCGGACAAUCAUCAGGUGCUGCUGCUCCCCCUCCCCCACCUCCAGGCGGACUUCCUCCUCCGCCGCCACCCGUAGCCGCUAGUGCCCACUCGGGUGGAUCCUCCUCCGGUGACGACGGAAGAACUGAACUGUUCUCACAGCUAAACAAGGGCACAGACAUUACCAAAGGACUGAAGAAGGUGACUAAAGACAUGCAGACUCACAAGCAUCCGGAGUUGAGAGCCGGUGCAGUGGUCACCGCAGUCGAGAAGAAAGGAGAGGGGGCAUCUGCUGCUAAACCAGCGGCAGCCAAAGUUGAGAAGCCUCCCAAGAUGGAGCUGGUCCAGGACAAGAAGUGGAUCGUGGAGAACUACAAGGACGAGACAGUGACGAUUGAGAUCUCGGACUUCAAGCACACCGUGUAUGCCUUCAACUGUAAGAACACCACCUUCAUUGUGAAGAACAAGGUCAACUUCAUCUCCCUCGACAACUGUGCCAAGUGUGGAGUCGUGUUCGAUGACCUCCUGUCUUCCGUUGACCUCGUCAACUGCAAGAGUGUACAGAUACAAGCGCUAUCUAAGAUGCCACUUCUGAACAUAGACAAGACGGAUGGAGUGCAGGUGUAUCUGAGUCCGGAGUGUCUGGACGUGGAGAUAGUGACUGCCAAGUCCUCCGAGAUGAAUGUGCUAGUGCCUCAGGAGGACGGAGACUUCUCAGAGUUCCCCAUCCCAGAACAGUACAAAACAGUGUUCGACUCCAAAAAGAAAAGACUAGUCACUACUUGCUCAGAGAGUCUAGGUUAAAUCAUACAAACGGCAGCAGCGGAUAAUAUCAGUGAAUUAAAAAUUGUUGAACUGGACUUGGACAUAAUAUGGAAGACGGAAACUCAGAAUCCGAUAUUUACACCUUAUCAUUGAAUAAGAAUUAUCAAAACAUGAAAAAAAAAUCAUUUGAAAACAACAAAAUUUUGGCCAUGGAAAAAUUAAGACAUUGGCAGGUCGCAAUCAACUGUACAUUAUUUCUUAAAACUGAAUUCUGUUAUCUGAUUGAUAGCGAAGUGUUUUAAUUCUCUUGCUUGGAGUCCUAGUGAAUGACAACAUACUUUAUUAUCCUGAAUUCAUCUGAAUCAGAUUAAAUUUUGAUCUACAUUAUCCUAGUCUGUGCUAUUUGAUGCGUUUGUUUUAUGUGAUGACCGUUGUGGUUUUUUAUCGAGAUAAAUGCAUGCCUUCAAAUUGUCUUUGAUUCAAAGUGCUGAAAAUAAUUUUUCAUCUUUCCAACGAUUUUUUUAUUGACCACAUAAAUCAGUUAAAUCAAAAUCUACAGGAAAGUUGAAAUAUUCGUUGAUACAAAUAGGACCAUAUUUAAUUCGAUCACUUAAUUUAACAGGUAUUCUGUACAGUAAUUUAAAACAAAUAAAUUUGUUUCGGUCAUCGUCCUACAUCUUAAUAUUUUUACACCUUUGCCAAUCAAUCAUCACAAAAGAUGUCUUCAUUCAAA